AGGAAGUUUGCAGGGGAUGGAGUCUCAGCGGAUUGCUAAAGUGAUUUGCAACGUCACCGGUGGAAGCAGGACAGAGAGCGAUGGGCUCUGGGAGGACUUUGGAAAGCGUCAGAGGUUGGAAGCAGGGUUUAAAAGCCUCCCACUGGUGGGAUGCCCCGGGGGAAGAUUCAGUGGGCACUGAGGCUGUCUGCAGACUCAGGCAGAAGUCACUGCGUCCGUUAUACUCGGGGCAGUUCCUAUAGGACUUGCCGGACUGGAACAGAUCAGAUCCAAGAUCCAUCUAACCCAGUACCCUGCCUCUGGCUGGUAACCGAUGCUUCAAAGGCAAAUCUCGUUCUCCCGUUGGUUGUUGAGGAUGACGAAGGAGUGGGAGGGCGCAGGAGAGAAAAAAGGCAAGAGGGGCUGAAAUGCCACCUACCGCUGGACCCUACAGAUGCUCGCUGCAUGGGGCAGGCCCAAUGCAUUUAGCUCCCUGCAGCUGCUUGGGGUCAGGGGGGCUGAAGGCCAUAUGAUCUCUGCAGAAGGGAUUGUGAUUUGUUACUUAGCAACUACCAAUAUCCUUGGAGCCAUACGAAUUAAUUAAACGCCACAGCCCCUCUCCCUGAAGAGCUUACAGUGGAAAUCAACAAGGAAUGGCUGAGAUGUAAAAACAAGUGUCCGUGCUUGGUAUCCCAACCCAGGCGUACAAACUAUGGCUCUGAAAUGAGCUGCGUGUCUGUGAAGGAACACAGACGUCAUUCGCUUCCAAACCCGCUGUUCCAGCCUUGCCUCUCUGGGGUAGCAGCCAAUUUGGAGGUGGGUGGAAUUUCCUAUUCCAGAUGUGCGGAGUUGAGGAGGUGUCUGCUGUUCGUCACUGCAGAGUCUGAGCCUCCCGAAUAGGAAUGAAAUAUUUCCUCGCCAAGCAAGCAUUAUCAGGAGCGUGUUUGGUAGGUAAGGGAUAGAUCGAUGAACUGACUAGCCCAAGGACCUUGUGACGUCAUUGCUGGGAAUUGAACCAAGACCUCCUGGUCAGCAGAUCUGUGCUGUCUCCAUCUUUUGUUGGGACUGAGGGUCACUGGCCUAGUGGAGAAGCAGGAGACAUGAUACAUCUUUAUUUUAGUAAGGCCUUUGACCUAGUCCCACGUGACAUUCUCACGAGCAAACUGAGGAAUGUGGUCUAGACGAAAUUACUAUAAGGACUUGUCUACACAGGGAAUGGACUGGAAUAGCUCCCAUGGGCUAAGCUGUUCCGGGAUAGCUCCCCUUGUUCCAGAAGUGGAGGAAGCUGAACCGGAACGAGCCCAGCGCUCAGCUGGAAGCCCAGCAGUGGCUGUCACGUUGAUAAUGCUUAUCUGGGGAUCACAGGCUUUUCCCUGUUUGCUGCCUGCAGAGAAAGCCGCUCUAAAUAAGCACUGUGGCUGGAGAGGCCAUGCUGAGCUGCCUCAGGGAAGUCCCUGGCAUGGAGCAGAGAUAAGCAGAGCCAACAGAAGGAGGCUGAGGCUGGGGAAAGUCCGACUGCAGAAAACAGUACCUGUUUUCACUCAAUCAUGGGAACAGCACUCUGAGGCUGAGGUGGUUCCAACAGCAGGUGGAGACACAGCAGUCUCGGUGCUGAUUGUCCAGAAAAUGGCCGAAGAGAGCCCCGAAGUGACAAGCGAUACCAGUAGAGGAGUGAAUGUCUCAAUGCUGCAGGGUCACGGACCAGUGGCAGAAAGGAGAAGAGAUGUAGAUUUCAGCCUGAAAUGCAUUAAAGAUAAACGGAUUCCAAUUACCGUUACUGUCGUCAUCACAGCUUUGAUCAUCGUCAUAAUUGCGCUGGCGGCCAAGAAGACUCCUCCCUGCCCACGCUGCCCGCCCCAUGUCACUGCUGCGUGCCCGGACGGCUGGGUUGGAUACCAAGGGAACUGCUACUUCUUCUCAGAGACUGAAGGGAACUGGAGCACGAGCCAGAGCCACUGCUCUUCCCUCAACGCCUCCCUGGCUUCGAUUGAGUCCCUGACGGAGCUGAAUUUCAUGCUGCGCUAUAGGGGGAUCCCUUACUGCUGGAUUGGCCUCCAGAGGGAGCAAGGCCAGGGCCAGCCCUGGAAGUGGACCAACGGUACCAUAUUCAACAACCUGUUUCCGGUCAGAGGGGAAGGGCAGUGCGCCUACCUGAAUGAACAUGGGGUCAGCAGCUCCCGAUGCUACUCAGAGAGACAUUUCAUCUGCAAGCAGCCGGACGAGUGCUCUAGAAGGAAGCCAAGCGCCGCAGGAGGGGACACAAUGGCUAAGAUCACUUAAAGGGCCAAUGCGGCCUCUUUAGUGGAUGCAGAACUUACACAUUCAUCAUCUCUUGGGGAGCAAUGGUUGGAGAGGUAGAGGAUGCUCUGCAAGAGAUGAUUUAAUAUUAAAUCUAAUAUUCCCUUAAUACGUGAAGUGGAUAAAUUAUUUAGAUUAUGAAGAAUUUUAUUUUAAAAAGAGUAUGUUUCUAGCUCGCUUGGUUAUCAAUAUGCCCUGGCAAAUCAAAGAGAGCCUGAGUCAGCAGAGAGCUUGAAACAAUAACUCAGAAAAAUGCCCCAUUUAAUUAAUUGACUCUGGAACCUAGUGAUGACACUAACUUCUUUCUUUCUGUUUCCUCUACGCCACUUUUUCUUGGUGAGGGUCGCGGCAGCAGCAUGGAGAGUAGGGCGGGCUAGACCUCCCUUUCCUCCAUGACAGAUUCCAACUCCUCCUGGGGAACUCCCAAGCAUUCCCAGGCCAGCUGGGAGAUAUAAUCCCUCCAGCGUGCCUCUGGGCCUCUUCCUAGUGGUACGUGGUCAGUAGAGUUCCAAAAGAAGCCUGCCCGGGGGCAUCCCCAGCUGGAUCCUCUCAAUCCGGAGGUGUAGCAGCUCUACUCCGAGGCGCUCCCGAAGAGCCAAGCCCCUCACCCUGUGUAUUAAAAAAAGUCAUGAUUUUGGGGGGAUUUUUGAAUGUUUGGGUUUGACAAAAUUGGAUUAACAAAAUCUAAAGGUCAUACGUUUUGGUCGCAACUGGAACUAGGUGAAAUUUUUUGACCAAACCCUUUUAUGUAUUUUAUUUAUUUUGUUUGUUUUAUUUAUUUAGGCAAAAAAUGCAGAUCUUGUGUCACCAAAACAAUGUGAAUUUGUGUCGACCUUUGCCAAAUUGAUUUGGCAGAAAAACAACCGAAAAAUAAAAGCUGAACGUUUCAUUUUCCUGGUUUUGAAACCAAACUUUUUGACUGAAAAUAGCUUUUUAUUUCAUGAUUUCCUUUAAUUUUUGUUUUCAGAAAUUUAAACCUUAAAAAUCAAAAUGAAACUUUUUUCAAUUUUUUUUUUAACUUUUCAAUGCAACGAGAAUUUUGGGGGGGGAAAAUCGGUUUUGAUUCAAUCUGAAACCGAAUUUUUGUUUGAUUUGUUGGAAUUUCCAACAAACUGAAAAAAAUCCAUUAUUUGCCCAGCUCUAGCUGCGACCUCCCCCACCCCUUUCCGUGUUGCUCAGUGAGGGACGGUGGGAUCAAGGUUAGAUGGGAAGUGGACACUAGGGUGCAAAGAGCUUGUGAACAGCCCUGUACUUCUGGACAGCAGCUGCUACAGGGACACAAAGACCCUGAGUGUAGGAUAUAGACCCUUACACCUGGGAAAAGGCCGAAGAGACACUGAACCAAAGUCAGGGUAAGAAGUAACCAGUGGAUCUUGGAAGCAUCACUUGAAGCUGGGACACAGGAUGGAUCACUUGAUAAUUGCCUUGUUCUGGUCAUUUCCUGGGAAGCACCUGCCACCAGCUGCUGUUGGAAGACAGAGCGCUGGGCUAGAUGGACCAUUGGCCUGACCCUGUAUGGCUGUUCUUAUGAACUUUAUUUUUUUUAAUAUGUUUUUGAGUAGAUCUGUUUCACAAUUUGACAAGAAACAUUUUUCUAAGCGUGUUUUCUCCAGGAUUUUUUUUUGCAAUCCUGAAUAUUUAUUUAUUUAUUUUAAAUUUUUGACAGCAACUGUGAAUGGGAGAAACUUAGUCAGCAUCUCUCAUCAUCUGCAUUUAAUUCAUUGCUGUGAGCUAAGAUUGUUUGGGUCAGGAGAGCUCCUGAAAGCAUUUAGUCACUUCCCCUAGGCUGUGUAAAUACCAGGUCUUCUGCAGUUUCCACGAUAUGCUAUGCAUCCGAUGAAGUGAGCUGUAGCUCACGAAAGCUCAUGCUCAAAUAAACUGGUUAGUCUCUAA